GGGGGAGGAGGAGGGAGGGCCAAAGGGCGGGAGGCAACUUUCCGCGCAGGUGACAUCGAGUUCGCCUCUGUCAAGCUCCGCUGCUUGCGUUUUGGCUCCGGCGCUUCCUUCCUUUCCGCCUCCUUCGCAAGCCAGCCAUCCAGGGAGACCUAGCAAGUAAGAAGAACCCCGAUUUGCCCGAAGGAGGGGAGGGAGUGGGGGCGGCCAGAGAGAUCCGGCGCGGCCGAAAAGGAGCAGCACCAUGCACCUGAAGGACAAAGUGGCGCUGGUGACUGGAGCAGCCCAGGGCAUAGGCAACGCCUGCGCCCAGGCUCUGCUGGAAAAGGGCUGCAAGGUGGGCCUUGUGGAUCAGAAUGCAGAAUUAGGUGAGGAGAGCAAAAAUAAUUUGGACAAGCAGUUUGGUACGCAGAGAACCAUUUUCAUUCCUUGUGAUGUCUCAAAAGAAGAACAGUUAAAAGAUGCAUUUAAGAAGAUAUUUGAGCAUUUUGGCAGGUUGGAUAUUGUGGUUAACAAUGCUGGAGUAAAUAAUGAAAAAAACUGGGAAGCCACACUCCAGAUUAAUUUGAUUUCAGUGAUUAAAGGAACAUACAUUGGUUUAGAUUACAUGAAAACAGAAAAUGGAGGCAAUGGCGGGGCUAUUGUUAAUAUGUCAUCACUGGCAGGACUUAUUCCUGUUCCAUCUCAACCAGUAUAUUGUGCAUCAAAACAUGCGGUUAUUGGAUUCACACGUUCAAUAGCUAUGGUCUCUAAGGCAAGAAAUUAUGGUGUACAAAUAAAUACGAUCUGUCCUGGUUUUGUUAACACACCAAUUCUUCAAACAGUUGAAAAGGAAGAGAAUAUGGGCCAAUUUUUAUCAUACAAAGACGAGCUCAAAAAUAUGAUGGAAUUCUAUGGUUUAUUGCCGCCAUCAUUAGUUGCUGAGGGACUGAUAAAAAUACUUGAAGAUGAUGCAUUAAAUGGAGAAGUUAUGAAGAUAACAACAAACAAAGGGAUUCAUUUUCAUGAAUAUAGUCCACUGCCAUUUCCGUCAAACAAGCAAUAAAUUCUAAAACAUUACCUCAGUUUCCUUUAAAGAAGAAUAUUGUUAUUUGCUUCCAAAAUGUAUGUUAGAAUAAAUGGAUAAGCAAAAAGAAAAUCUUGGUUACUGUUAGUUUACCUGAGUUUUUAAAAAUUGCUGUCAGUAACCCUUAUGUGAAGGAUGGGGAGCAUUGCCAAAAUGAGUUUUUAUAUCAGAAUUGUAAUUAUUGCUUAUUUUAUACAAAAGGGCAUUUUAACUAUUUUUAAACUAUUUAUGAUACUAUCUAAUUUCAUUUGUGAUAAAACAUUAUAGAACUAAGUUAUAAAAGUCAUAUAAUUUAGAUGCCACACUAGCUUGUAUGUAAAGUUUAUCAUAAGAAAAAAAGCAGUACACAUUUUGGACAUUCACAGGUAAUCCCCAACAUUGUCAUAAACUGAGUAGUGUACUUUCAGUGUCUCAUGUAUUCUAGCUACCAUUGUAUGAUUCAGUGGUUUUCAAAACGUGGGUCAGGACCCUAAACUGAGUCACAGCUUUCUUACAGUGGUUCGAGAGGCCAUGAGCGAUGAGGUCUAACAUGGGUGGACUGGGGGGAAGGAUGGCCAGAUCCAGGUUGGGAAACUCUUGGAGUGGAGCCUGGAGCAGACAGGGAUUUCAGUGGAGUCCAGCCUCCAAAGCAGCCAUUUCGUCCAGGGGAACUGAUCUCUGUAAUCUGGAGAAGAGCUGUAAUUUCAGGGGAUCCCCAGAUCCCACCUGGAGGGUGGCAUCCCUAAUGGCAGAAGAGGCUCUGAAGUUGCAAAUUUGGGUGUUGCUCUACAUGGUGUAUGAAAUGACCAAGAAAUACAGACUGCUGUUCAAUAAUGCUAUAUAAACACAAACCAUGAAAAAAAAAUAAAAUGUACACAUUCAAUAUUAA